CGUCAUCAUCCUGCGACAAACUCUCCAGUGCGAAGGCAGCAUGAUGGAGGUCUCCGAUUCCUUAAACGUUUCUCUGAGGGAGUUUGGCUGUGAGCAGAGCUUGUUAUCGCGGCCUGAUGGGUCCGCGUCCUUUAUCCAAGGUGACACAAGCGUCAUGGCUGGAGUUUAUGGCCCAGCUGAGGUCAAAGUCAGCAAAGAAAUCUAUGAUCGGGCGACCCUGGAGGUGUUGGUUCAGCCUAAAGUGGGACUGCCAAGUGUAAGAGAACGAUCACAAGAGCAGUGCCUGAGAGAAACCUGCGAGGCCUCUCUGCUCUUGUCUCUUCAUCCUCGCUCUUCGCUUGCGCUCAUUCUCCAGGUGCUGCAUGAUGAUGGUUCUCUCCUGUCCUGCUGUUUGAACGCAGCCUGUAUGGCUCUUAUGGAUGCAGGACUGCCCAUGAGUUGCCUCUUCUGCGGCGUGACCUGUGCCAUCAGUGCAGAUGGACAAAUCGUCACAGACCCCACAUCAGCUCAGGAAAAGGAAAGCAGAGCUUUGAUGACUUUCGCCAUCGACAGCAAAGAGCGCAGAGUGAUGAUGUCAUCGACCAAAGGCUCAUUUUCAGUCCACGAGCUGCAGCGCUGCAUAGCUGCCAGUCAGAAAGCAUCAGAGAAGAUCUUCCAGUUCUACAGAGACUCCGUGAGGCGGCGAUACUCCAAAACACUCUGACCAAGAAGCAGCUUUAUUUGUCUAAGUCUUUCCUUUUUUUUUUUUUUUUUUAUUAUUAAAUGAUUUUAAAAAAUGGUUGCUUUAAUAAAAUGUUUAACACACCGUU